AUGGCGGUGGUGGUGUUCUCGAAGAACUACUCGAAUUUGGAGUGGUGCCUGGACAAAAUGGUGGAGAACCUUCGGUGCCGGAAGCGGCACAAGCAGGUGGUUUAUCCGGUGUUCUUCCGGGUCAAUCCCGACGAUGUUGGGGAACGGAAGGGGAGCUAUGCGGCAGCGAUGAAGAAGGAUCGGAAGCCAACGUCGGCGUUGACCAGGAGGUGGCGGCAGUGGCCGGCGGGGAUUCUUUAUUUUCUUCUUCGUCUUUGA